CACCUUUUAUAUACGGUACAGCUGUGAUUUGAACCUAGCUCUACUAGAGUCCUCAGAGGUGUCAGCACCCCACCACCCACUUUAGAGGUGACCACUAGCUUAAUUCUUCGCCGUUAAAACUCACCCUCAGGAAGGGAUAACAGUUCAGACAGACAUAUUAGGGUGCAUAUAAACCCAUGGCUUUUGGCGGCAGGUGUUGGGGAAUGUAGAUGUGUACAGAGUUUAGGAGGUCUCUAAAGGCAAGGAUAUCAAACCCCUGGUGUUCAAAUCGAACCAAAUGGUUAUAGUCUCAGCUUUACCCUUAAUUCCGCGGGUUGCUGUGGGCAUAUGAUUUCCCUCGCUGGAAGUCAGUUUCACUGACCAUAAAAUGAAAAGACUGGCCUCUAUGGUCUGUGAGGUUUCAUCGAGGAAAGAUGACCCAGGGACCCCGCCCAAGGCACACUGCCCUCCCGGGUAGUGCUCCCAGCGCGGGCAUCGGGGAAUGGGGUACGCCGGAAUCCGUGGCAGCGCUCACCCAGCUUUCUUAUGCAGCGUGUCCAUCGUGGUGGGCGCCCCACGGACCCUGGGCCGCAGCCAGGAGGAGACAGGCGGCGUUUUCCUGUGCCCCUGGAAGGCCGAGGGCGACCAGUGUACCUCGCUGCCCUUCGACCUCAGUGAGUCUCGCACAAGGAGGGAAAGGGAGGGGCUCCAGGGAGAGCGGACAGCUGGGCUUCAGCACCCCCCCUUCUUGUGCCCUCCAGAUGAUGAGACGCGAAGCGUAGGCACCCAAACUUUCCAAACCUUCAAGGCCCGUCAAGGACUAGGGGCGUCGGUCGUUAGCUGGAGCGACAUCAUUGUGGCCUGCGCCCCAUGGCAGCACUGGAACGUCCUGGAAAAGGCCGAGGAGGCUGAGAAGACGCCCGUAGGUGGCUGCUUCGUGGCUCAGCUGCAGAACGGCGGCCGCGCGGAGUACUCACCCUGCCGGGCCAACAUCAUGAGCCGGGUUUACGAGAAAAAUUACUUCAGCGGAGACAAGCGCUACUGUGAAGCCGGCUUCAGCUCCGUGGUCACUCAGGCUGGGGAGCUGGUGCUUGGGGCCCCUGGCGGCUACUAUUUCCUAGGUCUCCUGGCGCGGGCUCCAAUUGCCGAUAUCAUCUCGAGUUACCGCCCGGCUACCCUCUUGUGGCACGUGCCCACCCAGCAGCUCACCUUCGACUACAGCCACCCAGAGUACUUCGACGGCUACCGGGGGUACUCGGUGGCUGUAGGCGACUUCGACGGGAAUCCAAACACUACAGAGUUUGUCUUCGGUGCCCCUACCUGGAGCUGGACCCUGGGAGCGGUGGAAAUUUUGGACUCGUACCACCAGACGCUGCACCGGCUGCACGGAGAGCAGAUGGCUUCGUAUUUCGGGCACUCAGUGGCCGUCACUGACGUCAACAGGGACGGGAGGCAUGACCUCUUGGUGGGCGCGCCACUGUACAUGGAGAGCCGUGCUGACCUCAAGCUGGCCGAGGUGGGGCGCGUGUACUUGUUCCUGCAGACUCGAGGCCCUCACGCGCUGGGCGCCCCCAGCCUCCGGCUGACCGGCACGCAGCUCUAUGGGCGAUUUGGCUCAGCCAUCGCGCCUCUGGGCGACCUCAACCGGGAUGGCUACAACGAUGUUGCUGUGGCCGCCCCCUAUGGGGGUCCCAGCGGUCGAGGCCAAGUGUUGGUGUUCCUGGGUCAGAGUGAGGGACUUAACUCACACCCUUCCCAGGUCCUGGACAGCCCCUUCCCCACAGGCUCUGGCUUUGGCUUCUCCCUUCGAGGUGCCACAGACAUCGAUGACAAUGGAUACCCAGACCUGCUGGUGGGAGCUUACAGGGCCAACAAGAUUGUAGUGUACAGGGCUCAGCCGGUGGUGAUGGCCACUCUCCAGCUGCUGGUGCAAGAUUCGCUGAAUCCUGCUGUGAAGAACUGUGUCCUGCCCCAGACCGAGACACCAGUGAGCUGCUUUAAUAUCCAGAUGUGUGUGGGAGCCACUGGACACAACGUUCCCAAGAAGCUGCGCCUAAAUGCCGAGCUGCAGCUGGACCGGCAGAAGCCCCGCCAGGGCCGGCGGGUGCUACUGCUGGCCUCUCAACAGGCGGGCACCAUCCUGGACCUGGAUCUGAGCGGGAGGCACGGCCCCACCUGCCACACCACCAAGGCCUUCCUCCGAGAUGAGGCCGACUUCCGGGACAAACUGAGCCCCAUCGUGCUCAGCUUCAAUGUGUCCCUGCAGCCUGAGAGGGAUGGACUAGCCCCUGCUCUCAUGUUGCAUGGAGACACCCACAUCCAGGAACAGACCCGCAUCAUUCUGGACUGUGGGGAAGACGACCUGUGUGUGCCACAGCUCCAGCUCACUGCCAGCGUGACAGGCUCCCCGCUCCUCAUUGGAGCCGAUAACGUGCUGGAGCUGCAGAUGGAAGCGGCCAACGAGGGUGAGGGAGCCUACGAGGCCGAGCUGGCUGUGCACCUGCCUCCAGGCGCACACUAUAUGCGGGCCCUCAGCAACAUCGAGGGCUUUGAGAGGAUCAUCUGUAACCAGAAGAGGGAGAAUGAGACCAAGGUGGUGCUGUGUGAGCUGGGCAACCCCAUGAAGAGGAACGCCCAGAUAAGAAUCACGAUGUUGGUGAGUGUGGGGAACCUGGAAGAGGCUGGGGAGCACGUGUCCUUCCGGCUGCAGAUAAGGAGCAAGAACAGCCAGAAUCCCAACAGUGAGAUGGUGAUGCUGGAUGUGCCAGUUCGGGCAGAGGCCCAUGUGGAGCUGAGAGGGAGCUCCUUUCCAGCCUCCCUGGUGGUGGCAGCAGAAGAAGGCAAGAGGGAGAACAGCUCGGACAGCUGGGGCCCCAAAGUGGAGCACACCUAUGAGCUCCACAACAAUGGCCCUGGUGCUGUAAAUGGCCUCCGCCUCAACCUCCACCUCCCCGGCCAGUCGCAGCCCUCCGACCUUCUCUACAUCCUGGAUAUACAGCCCCGGGGAGGCCUUCAGUGCUCCCCACAACCGUCUCCCAACCCCCUCAAGCUGGACUGGGGGCUGCCCACCUCCAGCCCUUCCCCAGCCCAUCACAAGCGGGACCGCAGACAGGCACUCCUGCCAGAGCAGGAGCAGCCCUCGAGGCUUCAAGGUCCAGUUUUUGUGAGCUGCGAUUCGGCGCCCUGUACUGUGGUGCAGUGUGAGCUGCAGGAGAUGGCGCGCGGGCAGCGGGUCAUGGUCACGGUGCUGGCCUUCCUGUCGCUGCCCAGCCUCCGCCAGAGGCCCCUGGAUCAGUUUGUGCUGCAGUCGCACGCUUGGUUCAACGUCUCCUCCCUUCCCUACGCCGUGCCCGCCCUCAGCCUGCCCAGCGGGGAAGCUCUGGUGCAGACACAGCUGCUUCGGGUCUUGGAAGAGAGAGACAUUCCAAUCUGGUGGGUGCUGGUAGGCGUGCUGGGUGGCCUGCUGUUGUUCACGUUCCUGGUCCUGGCCAUGUGGAAGGACGAGGACCUCGUGACUGGCUGGUUUCCAGCAUACAUCCUCCACUGCUGCUCUGGGGCCUAAAGAUCACCUUUACACCGUGUCCCCGGCCCCUGUGCACCCCCAGGUUGGCUUCUUCAAGCGGAAUCGGCCACCCUUAGAAGAAGAUGAUGAAGAGGAGUGAUGAGCCCAUGCAUCUCUGUCCUGGCAGGAAGGCUGGGGGUGAUGCCUGCUCUGUCCCUUCUUCUCCAGCGAGUGCCCCCCAGCUCUGGUCACCCAUGGGUUGGAGCUGUUCCAUGGAGGGCUCCUGAUGUCCUUCCCCACCCGUCAGAGCCAGGUCACCCCCUUUCCUGCUGCCUAAUAAAGAGGUUGAGUCCCAACCCCCAGCAAGAUGCCUGCUCUCGGGGUCAGAGGAGGAGAGGGGGCCUGAGGUGACGUUGGGAUGGGGAGUCUAGGGCUGGCAGAAG